GCGAGUCAAGAAAGGCAGACUGGAUAAUGUUGAACAGGUUGCGUCAUGCCACACGCACCCGAUUACUUUUUAAGCACUACUUCCACUAUCAUCACUCACCAUCGCAUCCCCUUCCACUUCACACUCACCUGGCUCCGAUUCAGUUUCAGAUUUCGACCAUCACCAUGAAUCCUCCAAAAGGCACCAUUGUCUUCAAUACUGUUGGGAGGCCUCAAUACGGUUUUGACGUAUUCUGCAUCAACCUCCAAAACCUUCCACACCAGGUCACCGCAGACCACCGUCUCACCGAUGGAAUUUCAAUCAAUUUCAAUGCUCAGUUCAUAGAAGAUCAUCGCAGUAUCGUCUUUAUCUCUGAACGAACCGGAUCUCCUCGGAUUUAUCUGCUCAGCCCCGAAUCACCAAAGCCCCAACCUUUACCUUCUGUUUGUGACAGCCUCUUUCAUGAUCGUCCAAUUAUAAAAAAUGGAAGGAUCUAUUUCACGUCGGCUCACGAGCAACCCGAUCGUCAUUUCCAGAGUUUUUCGGCCGUUUACUCCACCAGCUUCCACGGUGAGGAAAUUGCGAGGCUGACCCCUUAUGGGGUGGUCGAUUACAGUCCUGCAGUAUCAAAAACCGGCAAAUUUAUUGCUGUCGCGUCCUAUGGGUCUCGUCAAUGGGGCGGUGAUUUUCGCGAACUCAAAACUGACAUCGUUGUUUUCAGCGAAUCCAACCCAGAAAAACGUAUUGUGGUGUGCGAGCGAGGUGGAUGGCCCACUUGGUCUGGGGACUCGACCAUCUACUUUCACAGAAUAGCUGAUGACGGGUGGUGGAGCAUUUUCCGGGUAGAUUUACCCGAUUCUGAACUUUCUGGGUCUCCAAAACCACCAGUUCGGCUCACUCCACCAGCGGUACACUGCUUCACCCCAGCGUCCAUGCAUGAUGGAAAGCGAAUUGCCGUCGCGACUCGCCGGCACGGCACAGAUUUCCGACAUAUUGAAAUUUUUUAUAUCGAGACCAAGACAUUUCAGCCAAUUACUGGGAUAAUCAACCCGAAUAUUCAUCACUACAAUCCAUUUGUAUCUCCAAAUUCAGACUUCCUCGGGUACCAUCGAUUCCGUGGAGAGUCAAUCAAGGAGGGGGAGUCCAUAAUCCCCCAUCUUGAGCCGGUGAUGUCUCCGGCUCCGAAUAUGCGGUUGCUAAGACUCAACGGUUCGUUUCCAACCUUCUCACCUGACGGCAAUCUCAUUGCGUUCAAUCACAACUUUGAUAAGAACUCCGGAGGGAAGAUAAUUAAAUCCGACGGCUCCAAAAGAUGGACCUUGUUUGAAGGGCGUACGUCAUUCUACAACUCGUGGAGUCCCACCGAGAAGCACGUGAUCUACACCUCCAUUGGUCCAAUCUUCGAGUCACCAAAAACAACGGUCCAGAUUGCACGUAUCACGUUCAAACCCUCAACUCUCACCGAUGACCGCGAACACAUACCCUGUGAUAUAAAGAUUCUUACCAGAGAUGACACCGGCAAUAAUGCGUUCCCGUCAUGCUCCCCAGACGGGAAGUCCUUGGUUUUUCGGUCAGGUAGGUCUGGGCACAAGAACCUUUACAUUGUUGAUGCCGUAGAAGGCGAGUUCAAUGGAGGCAUACGACAGUUAACGGAUGGGCCGUGGAUAGAUACAAUGCCGAGUUGGUCACCAAAGGGGGAUCUAAUCGCUUUCUCAUCAAAUAGACAUAAUCCAAAUAAUGUCGAGAGAUUUAGCAUAUACGCGGUGAAGCCCGAUGGCUCUGGUUUGAGGAGAAUUUAUGUCGCCGGCAAGGAGGGUUCAGGAGAAGUGGACAAGGAGAGGAUCAACCACGUGUGCAUCAGCGAGGAUGGGGAGUGGUUGCUCUUUACGGACAACUUGGCGGGGGUGACGGCGGAGCCGGUGUCGCUUCCGAAUCAGUUUCAACCGUAUGGGGACUUGCACAUGGUGAGGCUAGACGGGACUGGGCUGAGGAGGCUGACGUGUAAUGCAUACGAAAAUGGGACGCCGAUGUGGCACCCAAGCGAUGAGAUGGACAUGGGCCGCUUGUGCUUGGAGGAUGGAAUUGGAGAUAAGGUGAAGGGCGAUUUUGAAGAACCACUUUGGAUCUCCUGCGACAUGUGAGUUUAUCUUUUGAAUAUUUUAGUGUGGCGUUAAAUAAGUUUGCUAUUUGUCCCUUCGGGCACAUCCCGUAAAUAAAUUUUCUAUUUGUUUACGGACUGCACUUGGGAGCUCCGCAAUAAUGACGUCACACCUGGUUUGUUGUUCCACAUGCUGCUUUGUCAUGUUACCAACUAUGGAGUAGUGAAUAAAUAUUGGUUCUCCUUC